UUUAGUGUGCAAGUUUUUACCAAGUUUUCUACAGUUAUUCAAAGGCUGAUUAAAUACACAAUGAAGACUGUGUUAUUGGUGCUAGUAUUUGCGUUCGUUAGCUGCGUUCAGAGUUUCGAUUCAAGAAAUGUGGUGUUCAUCAUAAUAAGCCAACAGGAGCCUUACCUGGCGAGCGUAGCCUCUCGCCUAAAACAGGAGAUCGAAAGCCAAGUCUUUCGAAUCGAAAGGCGGAACCCCACAGUCCACCUAACCCACGAGGACUUCCCCGUCCCCGGGGCCUGGAGCAUCAUCCCACUGCUCAAGCCCCUGGUCACCAAGUACCGAGGAGGCGAUGUCAGAUGGGUCAUGUUUCUAGAGGAGCAUACCGCCGUGCGAUGCGAGAAACUUUUGGAAGCUUUGGCGGUUGCUGAUAGACAAAAGGACACCAAGUGGAUCGGCUAUCCCCUUAGUGACGAUGAACCCACCAUUAUCCACCACUUCGCCAUGUACGAGGAGUUGGAAGAGGAGGGGGGAUUCGUGUAUCCUAACUUCGCCAGUGGGUUCGCUAUGAGAAUGGAAUUGAUUGAGACCCUCCUAAACCAAAUAGAAAGCGGCCAGCACAAGCUAGAAGCCGAUUUUUCCAUCGACCCCGGCUUCGAGCUGGCCCAACUAGUAUACGGGGAUAAACACAAUCCUGGCCCCUUGUUAACAGCCGAUCUCAGCUUCUGCAUAGUGUCCGGAGACAACUGCGCCACCUACCCAAGGCAGUUUGAGACGUGCGGCAGCCCCAUACCCGAGGAGUCGGUCUUCUUCGCAGUGAAGACUUGGAGCGGCUACCAUUCGUCACGAGCCAAGGUCGUCAAGCGGACCUGGGGGAGACACGUCACCAAUCUCAUGUUCUUCAGCGACCAAGCUGACCCAUCACUGCCAGCAGUGGACACAGGCGUUCCAAACACGAAAACGGGUCACUGCGCAAAAACGGUCGCCAUCUUGAAAGAGGCCGUGAGUCGCGUGCGCAACAUGCCGCACGUCAAAUGGAUAUUCCUCGCUGACGACGACACCAUUUUAGGUGUGCAGAGACUAUGCGAGAUAUUGAGCUGUUACCGCGGCGGUACGGAUGUCACAGUCAUAGGUGAACGAUACGGCUACGGAUAUGUGAACAAGGAAACUGCUGCUAAAGGCUACGACUACAUAACCGGCGGCGGCGGCACGGCGUUCAGCAUCGCAGCCGCUUCGCUCCUCUCUCGCUGUGUGUGCACAGCCUUAACGUCGCCCGACGACAUGACGCUCGGCGCCUGCGCGAAGGAGCGCGCCGUCCCGCUCACUCACUAUCCGCUGUUUCAUCAGGCACGCCCUCAAGACUACCCCCGCGAAGUCUUAAGCCGAGAUAGACCUUUGUCCUUCCAUCGGCACUCCUCACCAGAACCUUACAAGGUCUACGCGACCUGGUUCCAGCACGACGAUCUAGCCCUGAAGCAUAAGUACUCCAAAGACGAGUUAUAAGUUGAAUCUUUGUUGUUGUUAGCUAUCUGCAA